CUGCUCGCCGCCCGCCUCGCUCGGACUCCGGCGCGCCGUGCGGGGACCUGAGGCCGGCGGGUGCUGCCACUCCUCGGCCUCCACCUCGGAUCUUGCCUCGCCUUGCUACCCCCGGCUGCCGGGUCCUUGUGGUCCGCUUGCCACUCUGCGGGCGAGAGGAGCGGCGGGAAGGAAGGGGAACGCGGGGACACGCACACCGGCCGCGGCGCGCGCGCAUUGCACACUCGCAGCCGCGCGUCCCCGUCACCGCGUGUCCGAGCCGAGUGUGGCCCCGCGGCAGGGCCCGGCACCUGCCCGCCUCCGGCGCUGCCCCGGCCCCGCCCCACCCGCUGCCCGCAGCAGCCACCCAGGAACCCGCGACAUCCCGACAACUUGCUCGCCGUGGCGCAACUGGUCUCGGUCGCUGAGGCUCCAGCACGCCGGCCGGGGGAGCUUCCCAUCACUGUACCUAAGAACUGAGAAAACUUGGCUUGCUGCCUCUGGGUGGACUACCUGUCAGUCAGGCGACUUCCUUGAACUCAAACCUGGAGGGACAAGAGCAGUGUCAACAAUGAAUAGGCCACCUGUCACCACCAACUACAGAUGACUUGCCGUUUCCUUUACAAAGAUGUCGUCAACUGGUGAAAAUGGAGACACCAUACCUGGAAAACAAAACGAAGAAAAAACCUACAAAAAGACGGCAUCGUCGGCUAUUAAAGGUGCUAUUCAGCUGGGCAUAGGAUACACAGUGGGGAACCUCACUUCCAAGCCAGAGCGCGAUGUCCUCAUGCAAGACUUUUAUGUGGUGGAAAGUGUGUUCCUCCCCAGUGAAGGUAGCAAUCUCACCCCGGCACACCACUACCCAGACUUCAGGUUUAAGACCUAUGCUCCGCUGGCCUUCCGGUACUUCCGAGAACUCUUCGGUAUCAAGCCUGAUGAUUACUUGUACUCCAUCUGUAGUGAGCCUCUGAUAGAACUGUCCAACCCUGGAGCCAGUGGAUCCUUGUUUUUUGUGACCAGCGAUGAUGAAUUUAUCAUCAAAACCGUUCAGCACAAGGAAGCAGAGUUCUUGCAGAAGUUGCUGCCGGGAUAUUACAUGAAUUUAAACCAGAACCCAAGGACUCUUCUGCCAAAAUUCUAUGGGCUGUACUGCAUGCAGUCAGGGGGCAUCAACAUCCGCAUUGUAGUGAUGAACAACGUCUUGCCGCGUGCCAUGAGGAUGCACCUGACCUAUGACCUGAAGGGCUCCACCUACAAGCGAAGAGCAUCCCGAAAGGAGAGAGAGAAACCCAACCCCACGUUUAAGGACCUGGAUUUCCUGCAGGACAUGCAUGAGGGGCUGUAUUUCGACACAGAAACGUACAAUGCCCUUAUGAAGACACUGCAGAGAGACUGCCGGGUGCUGGAAAGCUUCAAGAUCAUGGACUACAGCCUUUUGCUGGGCAUCCACAUCUUGGACCAUUCCCUUAAAGACAAAGAAGAGGAGCCCUUACAAAAUGUGCCCGACGCAAAGCGGCCGGGGGUACAGAAAGUCCUCUACUCCACGGCCAUGGAAUCCAUCCAGGGUCCAGGCAAGCCUGCAGAUGGGAUCAUUGCGGAGAAUCCAGACACAAUGGGAGGCAUUCCAGCUAAAAGCCAUAAGGGAGAAAAGCUGCUUUUAUUCAUGGGCAUUAUUGAUAUUCUCCAAUCAUAUAGGUUGAUGAAGAAGUUAGAACAUUCCUGGAAAGCUCUUGUUUAUGAUGGGGACACUGUUUCCGUUCACAGACCAAGUUUUUAUGCAGAUAGAUUUUUAAAGUUUAUGAAUUCCAGAGUUUUCAAGAAAAUUCAAGCUCUGAAGGCCUCGCCUUCUAAGAAACGGUGCAACUCCAUUGCCGCGUUGAAGGCGACCUCCCAGGAGAUCGUGUCCUCCGUCACCCAGGACUGGAAGGACGAGAAGCGGGAUCUGUUAACUGAAGGAACAAGUUUCAGCAGCCUGGAUGAGGAAGCCCUGGGAUCCCGACAUAGGCCAGACCUGGUACCCAGCACCCCAUCGUUAUUCGAAGCUGCUUCCUUAGCGACCACAAUCUCAUCUUCUUCUUUAUAUGUCGGUGAACACUGUCCACAGGACAGGACCACGCUUUAUUCAAACAGCAAAGGGUUACCUUCCAGUUCAACCUUCACCUUGGAAGAGGGGACCAUCUACCUGACUGCUGAGCCAAACUCCCUGGAAAUGCAGGACGACAACGCCUCAGUGCUGGAUGUCUAUUUAUAAGUGAAAGUCGUAACCACCUAAGCACAUGGAUGGGACCUGAUCACAGCUGUGGGGGAGAAUCUUCCCCACUACAGAAUUCUCCUGAGGAACUGAACUGAGCCCCAGCACCCACAGUAAGACUCAUCUGGACCUUGGAGCUCAUGAGAUGCCGAGGGAGCCUUGGUCCGUGGCUGAUCGCAGGUGGAUAUGAGAACCCCACACUGUUCCGUGGCUGCUGCUGCUUGCUGACUGUGAAGAACUGCAUGAACUAUACUUAAGCUGCUUUUCUAUACCAUUGCCAAUCACCUCUCUGGACGGGGAAGUGCUAUUUUCCUAGCGGCUCUCGCUUUGUUCCAUUCUGCAUGCACAUAAUGAUGACACAUAAGCAACAUGUGGAAUCUGCUUCCGUGUUUUUUUUUAAAAAAUCCACCCAUGCAAAAUGAUAAUUAAGAUAUAAAUCCUCUCUCUUUGUUUGAGAAAAUUCUAAUCAUAGCCCAUGUCAUUGAAAGGUUCAGUCUGUUUCCUUUAAAGAUCAGUAUAAUAGGUCUGUCUUUACUUUAUAGAAAGCUAGCUUCUAUAAAGAUUUUUUUUCACUGUUUACUAGUGAAAUGAGAAAAGCAAAGCUAUUUAUAAAAGGCCUUAUGUCAUGUAUAUACAUUGUCUUUGAAAUAUUUGUGAUUUAGUUUAUUGCUUGUAAA